AUGUUCUCACAAAAACAAAAAGCCCUCGACUUGCAACGCAAACUGCAACAAAGGAACACACCGUCCUUAUUGAUACAAGAGUGGUACCACCAUAAUCGGAAGAAUCACAACAACAACAAGAAAAUGCUGGCCAAUUCUGAUCGAGGACUCCCUUUUGUUCUUUGGUCGAGUAUCUCUCGCAAUGAUACCAUUCUCGUCGAAGCCGGCGACGAAGGAUACGAAGGAGCUGUCAGUAUUACGGCCAAGGAACUCUUGAACCGAGAACCCACGCCAGGAUGGGAGUUUCACACGCAACAGCGCCGCAGCCAUUUGCGAGGAGGAGGAAAUCCGUUUGCAAUGCAAUGGCCACUCGCCAAAAAAUCAAAAAGUCAUUGGAAACCGCCUCGUCUCAAGGGAGCCAAGUUUCAUGUCUACGAAAAGGACAACAAUGGCGAAUACAUUGUCUGGGUCUUUGCAUCGGUCUACGAUCCCAACAAUAUAUCCAAAGAGGUCGUACAGACGUUUCUGACCAAAUUGGUAGAUGACACGGAACACCAUCGAGCCAAUGACUUUGAAUGGCUGUAUGGACCCACAUUGGCGUGUCAAGAUGUCUUUGGACCCAUGUUGCGACAUUACAUGAUGCAAGUCUCGCACUUGGUCAAGUGUUCCGAAAUUCAAAAACACGUCGAAGUGGCCAGGGAAAAGAUGCACAAGAAUAUUGAACUGUUGCUCGAGCGGGAUGAAAAGAUUGAGGAUUUGAAUGAGGAAGCCACCCGGUUGCAAGAAAUGGCAGUCGUCUUCAAAAAGAGAGCCAAGGAUGUCAAGCGAAUGAAAAUGUGGCAAGAUGCCAAGCAUGGAUUGGCAGUGGGCAUGGCUAUAACUGCGGGUGUGGCUCUUGUCACUGUCCCUCCCCUCAUUGCAUUGUUGUAA